AGGUGAACGUCUUUCUAAUAAAGAUUUGUGAAUAAAUAAUAAUACACAUCAUAACGAGCAUUUAUAUCAUAUCUAUCGUAGUACACUUCCCGAUGUAAAAUAGUGUAUCCUCACUGCCCCGUGUGAGACCGAUUCCAUAACACAGCUGCUUGCUUGGACUCGGAGGCGGAUCAGUUGUGGCAGGCGGGUGAAAGUUCACAAUGGCAUGAAAGCAUCAGGUGACAAUGUGGAUUGCUCUGCUGCACUAACUACGACAGUUUAAUUCUGGAAACUCAUAAACGUGUUUGGGUACAUACAAUGAGCCAAGGGAACAAAAAGUAUGACGAGGAAGAGGUGGAGGAAGACGAGACGCUCGCAAUGACUGGUGAUGAUGAUGAUGAUGAUGAUGAUCUUGACACCUUUACCGAAGGGGAUCUUGACAACGGGUGCGAGGAUGGGGUUCUAGGGUGCAGGGACCCCUUCAGUUCUGAAGUGAAGCCGCGGAUCCUGCUGAUGGGCCUCCGGCGGAGCGGCAAGUCCUCCAUUCAGAAAGUGGUCUUUCACAAAAUGUCCCCCAACGAGACUCUCUUCCUGGAGAGCACCAACAAGAUCUGCCGGGAAGACGUGUCCAAUAGCUCCUUUGUCCACUUCCAGAUCUGGGACUUCCCUGGGCAGAUCGACUUCUUCGACCCCACCUUUGACUAUGAGAUGAUCUUUAGGGGGACCGGCGGCCUGAUAUUCGUCAUCGAUUCUCAGGAUGACUACGUGGAAGCCUUGAGCAGACUUCAUCUCACAGUGACCAGAGCCUACAAAGUGAACCCCGACAUCAACUUCGAAGUUUUCAUUCAUAAGGUUGAUGGACUGUCAGAUGACCACAAGAUUGAAAAGCAGAGAGAUAUUCAGAAGCGAGCCAAUGAUGACCUUGUGGAUGCAGCUUUGGAGAGAAUCCAUCUGAGCUUUUACCUGACGAGUAUAUACGACCACUCGAUAUUCGAAGCCUUCAGCAAGGUUGUGCAGAAGCUCAUCCCCGAGCUUCCCACUCUGGAGAAUCUGCUCAACAUUUUCAUUACUAAUUCUGCAAUCGAGAAGGCAUUUCUUUUUGAUGUUGUCAGUAAGAUUUAUAUCGCAACAGACAGCUCUCCAGUGGAUAUGCAGACCUACGAGCUGUGCUGUGACAUGAUCGACGUGGUCAUAGACAUCUCCUGCAUAUACGGAGUGACGGGGGAUGAAGGGGAAAUACCGUAUGACAAGGAGUCGAUGGCGAUCAUCCGACUGAACAGCACCACGGUCAUGUAUCUGAAGGAAGUGACUAAAUUCCUGGCCCUGGUGUGUUUCCUGCGAGAGGAAAGCUUUGAAAGGAAAGGACUGAUCGACUACAACUUCCACUGUUUCCGCAAAGCCAUUCAGGAGGUGUUUGAGGUGCGGUUGAAGGUGCUGCGGUCCCGCAAGCUGCUGAGUCAGAGAAGGAGAAGCAGGCAAGCCACCCCGAAUGGCACGCCCAGAGUCCCGUCCUGAGGUGCCUCCACUGCGGACGCUGCCGGGCAAAGGUGGCCUGCUACACCACUAUUGCACUGACAUCACAGACUCUGUGCUGUAUUCUAGCUAAAAGAAAAAAGACAGUUGAAGAAUUCCUUAACCCCCUCAGGGUCACACCUUAUAGUUUUCUUAUACUUAAAACAAAAUUCAGGUGAUUCUUGAAACAAGCCUGGACGCAUAUCAGGUUACAAUGGGGUCUUUAUUAAGAGGUGUAAAGAGCAGGUCCCAGGGGGCAGUGCCUUUGUCACAGGGAUUCAUUUUGAAAAAAAAACACAGCAAAUUGAAAGAGGGGGUUGAAUUCUACUUUACUGGUUCACACCUGGGCGGAUUUGGCAAUAACUGAUCAUUCCAGAGCAGGUUUUGUUCCUCCCUGGCCCCUUAGUAUUCAAUAUUAAAUCUGCAUGUCCCUCCAGUCCAUAGCACUCACAGCCUGUGACAUUUACAUACUGGAGAAGAAGAAGAAUACAUCGUGCCUUCCAUGCUUCAUUGUGCCUUUCAUCUUCAAAUUAUCAACACAUUUAAUACAAAAAUAUAUUUCUGUCAUUAAAGGACAACUUGGUAAAGGUUUCAAAUAUCUUAAAAGUAACUUUUUUUCUUGCUGUUUAGAGUUGCUUUGAAUUAUUUUGUUUCUGUCAUCUCAUCCUGGUGACUUUUUCAAAAUUUUUCAAAAACUUUUUCAAUAGAGCUCUCAGAAUCAUGUCUAACUGGCACUUUAAAAAGUCACCAGGAUGUGACUGACAUGUGACCUUAUGCAAAGUUAAUCUAAACAGCAAGAACAAUACUCUGGUUUAGAUAACACUGAUAAUGCACAACAAAGUUGCUUCUUAAGUGCACCAUACUAUAAAAGAAGCAGCCCUGUAACAUAUGCUGUUGUAAUUACUCUGAGUACAAUGGAGAACAAAACAAUAAGAGAUAUGGCAUAGAGUAAUGUAAUCUGUGCAGCUAGAGGAUAGAAUGCAACAAAAUAGUGUGUUUUCUCCAUUGCUACUGUUACGAAUUUAGAACUUCAAAAAUGAUUUAGGGAGAAAAUAAAUGUAAUGCUUUAUGAAUACAAACCCCUAAUUUGGGCUUGCAGUGCCUGCACAUAAAUAACACACAAAACACUCAGACAGAAUAGAGACUAUUUAGAAAGGACUAUUUAUGGUCAGUUGUGAUCAUUCUGAUUAGUGUUGCGAUUGGGGACCAGUAAAGUGGAACUGAAAGGGAAAUAUGUCUUUGUAAUAUUAUAUUUUGUUCACAUAGUUCCACUAUUUUUGCACCAGAUUUUCCUGAAAAGAGUUGGCACUGAAAACGCCAUCAGGCAGGUAAACAAUUUCAGCACCCAGGUGUUUAUCACAAUGCUACUUUCCAUUUAACUUGUAUUAUUGAUUAGACUUGGUAAGCAUAACAGUUCACCAUGUUGUGUAUUAUCAGUUGUAUAUAUUUGCACUACAGCAGCUGCACAAAACACAUUUAGGAAAUUGGUUCUUUACUAAGGUGACAACUGAACUCAACUAAUGUGAUACAUGCAGUUUCCUCAAUUGAAGCCCUUUUUAUGUCACACCCUCCUUUGCUGUUUUUGUUUUUUAUCACUAAUCCACUUGAUAUGUAUUUAUUUAUUGUUUAACUUCUCAGAGUGUUCAACUAUUAAAAUAUUAGUUAAUAUAUA